AUGGACAAAUGGUGCGAACAAAAGUAUGUCGGCAAGGGCGAUAUUAAGCUCAUGUUGGCUGGCAAGCCACCAAAGUAUCGCCUAGCACCGCAGAUGUACUGCGCUGUACCAAGCGCCAUGAUUUCAGCCACGACUCUGCCUAAAAAGCAGGAGACAGUGCCAUCGAACGAGCCUGCAGUCAACCAUAAUGCCUUCAUUGCUGCACCAUCGAAGUACGCAGAGGCGGAGCGCCUACCCAGAAUACCAUAUCGCGACCUCGAAAAUGCACACGCGAUGUUCAGCGGAGUGGCAGACACCACCAACCAUGAACUAGAGACCGGGUCACGCAACGACUUCCUCAAGAAACUAUUCGGCUGGGACGAUGUCACACGCUAG